AAGACAUUGGAUUAUGGUAUUAGUUUCUGGGAUUUGAGGGUACCAUCCACCAGACAUUGGGGUUGCAGAGUAAGCAGUCCCUGGACUCUGUGUUUUUAUAACUAAGAGUCCAGCUAAGGAGGUGCAGGUGACCUGAGCCCAAGGAAGAGCAGGAGGUGACAGGGAGGUGAGUAAUCCCGAGGAGACAGGGUGAGGGCCCUGGGUGUUGGGUGCGGGGUGGGUUCAGGGCUGGGCACAGGCAGGAGCUGGAGCCGCUGCAGCAGGUGCUGAGGGGUGUGGGCCUCGCCUCCAGCCUGUCCUCCUACAGCACAUGGGUGAGGCCAGCACAAGGACCCCCCCCCCACCCCCAGAGCCUCAGUUUCCUCACCUGUGUGUGGUGAGGUUAGGGACGUGGUGAGGACGGGGAGCUGAUGCCUGUGAGUCUCAGCUCGGGGCCUGGCACAUCGUGGACACUCAACCCCUGUCUGCUCUCCUGGCUGCAGGGAAAGGUGGGAGAGAAAGUGGAGGUGAUGCCAGGCCCUGUGAGCCCUCCCUGCCGGGUGUGGGGAGCAGAGAAGGCAGGUGAGGGUCCAUGUUGAGAAAGGCCUGGGGCACAGUGGGGAGCAGAGACUGGAGAGGCAUGAAGGUUACUGUUGAGGAUUCCCCAACUCCCUGCAGUUUCACUCCUCCCUCUCACGUGAGUGGGGCCCUCAGGUGUGGACUCAUGAUUCACCCCCAGUUCUCACUCCCCAUUGCCUGGAGGGUUUGCAGAGCAGCCAGUCAGCAUCUCAGCGACUUCAAGUAUAAACCUGCACCCACCCCCUGUGGAGUCCUAGUGUGUCAGGCCCGGUAGGUGAGGGCCAUGGGGCCCUUGACCCUCCUGCUGCUGCUCUUGGGGGCCUUGGCCCUGACAGAGGCCUGGGCGGGCUCCCACUCCCUGAGGUUUUUCUCCACCGCGAUGUCCUGGCCCAGCCUCGGGUUGUCCCACUACAUCGCCGUGGGCUCCGUGGACGACACGCAGUUCGCGCGGUUCGACAGCGACUCCCCGGGUCAGAUCGCGGAGCCGCGGGCGCCCUGGGCGGGGCGGGAUGGGCCGGAACACUGGGCGCGGGAGACGCAGAGUGAAAGCAACGCACAGACUUUACGAGCGAAAUUGCGCGCUGCGAUCCGCUACCACAACCAGAGCGAGGCGGGCUCUCACACCCUCCAGUGGAUGCAUGGCUGCGACGUGGGGCCCGACGGGCGCCUCCUCCGCGGGUACCAUCAGUUCGCCUACGACGGCGCCGAUUACCUGGCCCUGAGCGGGGACCUGCGCUCCUGGACCGCGGUGGACACGGCCGCUCAGAUCACCCGGCGCAAGUGGGAGGCGGCGGGAGAAGCAGAGCGCCUCAGGAAAUACCUGGAGGUGAAGUGCUUGGAGUGGCUGUUCGGAUACCUGGAGAAGAGUAGGAAGAAGCUGCAGUGCUCAAAUACCCCAAAGACACAGGUGACCCACCACCGCACCUCUGACCAUGAGGUCACCCUGAGGUGCUGGGCCCUGGGCUUCUACCCUGUGGAGAUUACCCUGACCUGGCAGCAAGAUGGGGAGGACCUGACCCAGGACACGCAGCUGGUGGACACCAGGCCUGAUGGAAAUGGAACCUUCCAGAAGUGGGCAGCUGUGGUGGUGCCUUCUGGAGAGGAGCAGAGAUACAUGUGCUAUGUGCAGCAUGAGGGGCUGCUGAGAUUGGUGCCCCCUCCUCAGUCCUCCAUCCCCACUGUGGGCAUCAUUGCUGGCCUGGUUCUCCUUGAAGCUGUGCUCACUGGAGCUGCGGUGGCUGCAGCUUUGAUGUGGAGGAAGAAGCACUCAGGAGGACAAGGGGGAAGCUACACUCAUGCUGCAGGCAGCGACAGUGCCCAGGGCCGUGAUUGUCUCUCAGCCCCUAAAGCGUGAGUCAGCUGCCCAUGGGGACUGAGUGAUGCAGGAUUUCUUCUUAUCUUCACUUUGUGGCUUCAACAUCCACUGGUUUUUCUUGUUGCAAAAGGCAUAUGAAUGAUUCUGUCUUCUAAUUGAUAAUGUGAGGAGGUGGGGAGACUGGACCGCCCCUGCCCUGUAGGACCCUCCCCACACUGACCUGUGUUGUCUCUGAUGACUGUCCUGCUCCAGCAGAGGUGGGGUUGGCUCCAUCCCUGCCUGUAUUUUGUGUUUUCCUGAGGAAUAAUAUCUACUUCCCAAUUGAAAAUACUAUUACAGCUAUGAAGUUACUUUUCUUACCUUGUCAGGUGGGAUUGAUGGGUACAUUAGUGGGAUUACUAAAAUUUGUGAUUACAUAAAUCGGAGACCUGAGGACCAGUCAGAACUGCAGGUUUGCUGUGCUGAGCCUGUGCAGGUGUGGCGAGAGAGGCUGUGAGGAGCCGAGGGGGACAGAGCCUUUGUCCAGUCGGUGCUCAGUGCAUCGUGGGCUUUGACGUGGUCACUCCUCAGGGGUCAUCUCUCUGCUCCUUUGUUCUUGCCCUUCAGUAGCACUUGUCCCAGCAGGGCCUGUGAUCACAGGGACUCAGACACCACCUGGGCCUAUCCUGUCUCCAGGAUGUGGGUGGAGGCUCUUGCGGCCAGGUCACUCCACACUCAGGGCACCAUUAGGUCCUCAUACUUUAUGUGUUUAUAUUUCAUUUUGGUUUUUGCUUUUUUAUGUCUGUUCAUAUUUAGAGACCAGGCCUCAUGUCCUCUGGGUACCCCGUCUCUGACAGCAGCAGGAGACAUCUGUCAUGCCCACAAGGCCCAGGAUUGUUGCUGCACACAGGAGUACAUGGUGUUAGAGAUUGAUUUCCAGACUCAUCCUGUUUUUGGCCUCAUUUUAGGACUAUAGUCUGGAUUAUUCUUUCCAUCUUUUCACAUCUUUUUAAAACAACUAAUACUACUGGUAUUAGUAGAGAGAAGGAUUAGGUAAUUUUUCAUUUUAAUAUCCUGUUGGAUUUCUAUUUCCUUUACAGCUUCUCCCUCUAACACUACCCUUAAGUAACCCUGCCCAGAGUGUUGGGAACAGGGAGGAUGGUUGCUCCCUAGCAUGGUCGGUGUGGGCCUCACUUAGGUGACCUUUGAGAAAAAGCUUUAUGGACACAUUGCCCACAGCUAUGUCCAGGGAAGUUCAGUCCAGGCAGGACAACUUCCAGUGCAGAUGCCCAAGGCAGGAAUUCGUGUGGCUGAGAUAAAGGCUGCUGGACCAGAGGGCAACUGAGAUCAGAUCUGUGUGUACCCAGAUCAUUCAGGCCUGGAGGAUUUUGGGUUUGACUUUCUGAGUAAGAUGUGGGGUGACAAGAGUUUCUGAACAGAGACCAACCUGUGCGGCUUCUCUCUAGUACCCUCAGUCUGGCUGCUGUGCAGCAUUGAAGGGUGUGAGGUGGGAAGAUAAAUGGAGGAAAUCACUGCAGGUUCCAGGACAGAGAGGUUGGUGGCUUCAUUGAGGGAAGAGGGGAGGUGAACAGGAAAAUAAUAGGAAGUGAUAGGAUCUGUGUGUAUUUGGAGAUGGACUUUACAGCAUUUCCUACUGUUGGGUUGUGAGAAAUGGGUCAAGGAUGACACCCAGUAUUUGAGACUGUGCAGGGUGUGGUGGAACCUGCAGUGAUAUGGGGAGAGCCCAGAAGAACCAUGUGUGGGCAUCCUAGGUAGUCAAUUUAGGAAGGUUGAAGCUGAGAUCUAUUAGAAAUGAAAGUGAUGUUGGCAGUUGGACAGACAAGUCUGGAGUAGAGAUGAAAUAUAUGAGCUAAGAAAUAGACUUGGGAGGUGAUAGGAUGUGAAUGAUGUUUGCAGUCUUGAGCUCAGAAGGGCACCCCGGAGAGUGAUGGCUAAGGAAAAGAAAGGAGCAGGUUAAACCCCAGACUCCCCAGUGAUGAGCAAUCUGAGCAGACACCCCCUAGAGCCUGCUUCACUGUCUGACACCAUGUGGAGACUGCAGAGAGACCAGGGAGCUUCCGCUUCAGUGAGCACAGAAAUCACCUGGAUACUAGAACAUCUGGAACAGAGUCUGAGAUUCUAUUAUUGAACUCCUUUCCUUGCCCUAGGGAUAGAGAAUGUAGGGUUGAGUCCCAGGAGGAGAUGCUUUCAUCCCUGGAAGCAGGAACAAAUAAAAGGGACUCUGGAGUCCAGGGGGUUCAUCCAGAGACUGAGGGAAACUGUAUACUUGGGGGACUCACCAGAACCUGGGAACCCACUAUUAUGACAUGGAGAUCUGGCUCUUCCCUGAGGCCUGUGUCCAUAGUCAUUCGCUAGGAAGGAAGCUUGAGGACUCCUAACCUGACAGUGGGCCUGUCCUGCUGCUGGGAGCCCAGGGAGCCUGGGGAGGGCCUGGCUGAGCAGGAGAAAGGGCGGCUCUGGGCUCUUGUGCUCAGCCCUGUGGCCACACGGGGGCGCUGCCGCGCUGUUCCGGAUUCUGGUGGAGCCGCCAGGACGGGGCGGGGGCUGAGGUGGGCAGAAUUGGGGGUCCUGGAGGGCGGCGUCCUGGGGUGAGAUGCUCUGUGAGGAGUCAGAGAAGCAGGGCUCAGAGGAGAGGGGACUCCGGAGCCUGCCCUGGGUGUGAGGUUUCCAGCUUUUCUCCGCAGUACCCCCUACCUCCAGUCUUUUAUAGCAAUACCUGGGAAAACUGGAAAGUAGACAUUUUUUCUCUUCUACAACCUAUUUAUUGAAGACUAUUUUUUAAAGUUACAUUAAAAAUACUAUUUUCAGAUAAUUUGCAAAGGUAUUAUACAGUUCCUUUAUAUUCCACACUCUUUUCCCACAUAGUUAAAUCUUACAUAGCUACACUGCAUCUGUGCAGCCAGUGAAGUGACACUGACUCACGUUUACCAAACUGCAUGCUGUAUUUAGAGUUCAUUACUGUUAUUUUUUAUGUCCCAGGAUCUCAUCCAGGAUCUCAGUAAGUUCCAGCCAUGUCUCCUUUAUGCGCCUGCAGUUCAGGCAGUUUCUUGGACUUUACAUUUUUUGGUAACUGACGCUGGGGAGACUGCUCAGAAACAAUGUUGCUGAAUUUGAGUUUUUUCACUGGGGCUGUGACUUUGAGAAAGAAGGCAACAGAGGUGAAGUGCUCUUCUCCAUUCAACAUGACACAUGCUAUGCACUUUUUCUUCCAUUUCUUUUUUUUUUCCCCCAUGUCUUUGGAAGGAAGUCAAACCUGCGCUGCAGAGGCUGACAGGCAGCUUCGCAACCCAGCACUCAACCUCUGCACCACCGGGGAGGCCUGGCAGUGCCACUUUGUAUCUUGCUGCAAGGAUGAGGGUGCCCGUUGCUCUUGGUCAGGACUUGUUUCUAUGAGUUUUUUUUGAUAUUUGCCUUCUAGUAAAUGUGAGAUGACAUAUCAUUGUUUUUAUUUGUCUUGCCCUAAACUCUUGACUCCUGUCACCUAGACGUGGACACCUCCUUGGGCCUGGGGAUGUGAAGCCCUGCCCCUCCCUCACAUUCCUUCACCUCCUAUAAAUCCCAGCAGUCCCCCAUCCAGGGAGUGAGUUGUUUGGGGUGCUGGUCCCACUGACUCCCUUGAGCCUUCUAGAAUAAACUCUUCUGUGCAAAGACAUUGCUCGUGGCUUCGAGUUUGGCUUUGUCCACUCCAGGAAAAGGCCUGGUUGUGUCCUUUACAAUGUGAUGACUUUGCUCCAGAUCUAGGGACUCUGGGAUUUGUGACCAUGUCAGAUCCCUGACCCCUCACACUGGGUGCAGGAGAGGGUGAGCAGAAGUAUGGCUGGGGUGGACCCCUCAGCUCCCCCUCUUCUCCCUACUCCUCUCCACUCACUGUCCCUUCGUCUCCCCCAGAGUCUGGAUUUCAUGAAGUCUCAGAUCAACUGGGAGCAGGUCAGGAGACACCCCUGAUCCCACAGCUCCUUAGCAGGAGGUGCUUCCAGAUCUUUCCCCCACCCUGUCCCCUCUUGCUGCAGCUUUAGGACUUCUCCAGCAAAGCCAGAGCUGUGUACAGGGUGAUUCUAGAACACUCUUCCUUGCAAUGACACAGGACUCACUGCUGUAAAUCCAGCAUUCACCUCCUUCAGGUCUGAGCUCUAAUGUCAUCUACAGGAAAGUCUUCCCUGAAGAUAGCAUUUCAUAUCACACCUGGCUUCCUCAUCUCCCCUACUUUGUUGGUUCUCUAAAUCAUUCUUUACUCUUUGACCCUGAUCACUGCAGUUGCUUUCUUGUUUAUUGUCAGGUGUUCAAUCAGUAUGUAAACUGGAAAGGGAGGGAUUUUACUUCCUUUGUUGAAAUAUCCCAAAUUGCCUGGACAGUGCCUGGCACGCAGUAGGUGUGGAAUAAGUGUGCUACUGAAUGGGUAAGUGUCUGGAGCAGAACCCCUUAAAGCUGAGUGUGGCUGGGGCAGGAAGAGAGGCAGU